AUGAAGUUUGAUAUUGCUACCGCUACUUUAAUUCUUGCUGCUGUCAGCCAAAUUGCAGCAUCCCCAGCUGUUGGCACUCCAAUCACAUCCGAGAUCACCAAGAGAGAUGUUGACUCACUCAACUUGGCACUCACCCACCUCAACUCUUAUAAUGCAAAGAGAGACCUUAUGACCAACCAAGAAUUGUCAAAGAGAGAAUCCCAAAUUGUGACUGACAUUUUGGCUCUUAUCAAGGACACCAACUUGGCACCAACUGUCAUCAAGUGGUUUAUUGACGAUCCAACCUUGUCUGGAAUUGCCAAGGACGUUAUUGUUACAGCUAUCAAGAAUGGUUGGAUCAAUGUCGGUACUUUGUUGAAAUCACUUAAUGACUCGGGAUUGGCUGUUGAUGUCAUUCACGAUUUGAUCAACUACUGUCCAUUCUAUGCUGAGAUUUUCAAAUUGAUUGGUCAAGAAUUGUCCAACUUGCCAGAAUUGAUUGGUAACGCAUUGGGUCUUAGUUCAACAACUGUUCAACAAGAAGUUGAAAAAUCCAAGAGGGAAGCUAGGGAAUACUUGUUGGCUGCUAGAGACGACCAACCAGUUGUUUUGUUGGCCAGAGAUUCAUCGGAUACUUUAACUUCAUUGAUGGAAUCACUUAAGGACUCUGGUUUGGCUAACCAAGUUGUUGAGGCAUUGGUUACCGAUGACGACUUUUACUCAUUCGGUGCCUCUUUGAUUGAACAAUUGUUCAAUGAAAAUGCCAUUUCAUUAUCAGACUUGCUUCAAGACUUGAUUGCUUCUGGUUUGAUUCCAACUUUGCUCAAGAACUUUUUGAACCUUGAUACCUUGAAGAGUGUUAUUGUCAAUGCCUUGGCUGCUGCUUUUGGUAACUGUAAAGACACUACUACCUCUUCCACAUUUGUUACUUCACCUCCUGGUGGUCCAACCCCAACUGUUACUACUGGGUCUGCCAACUUGAGCAGUUUGACUGCUAGUCUCACCGAUGUCACCGUAUCCUCUGGCGGUGGCGGAAACACCUUGGCCACUUCAACUACUACUGGCAAGACCUGUAAGAAGAAGAGAAGAUCUUACUAA